CCUAUAGACGUCGGUCCAAGCAUCACAUUCGAUAGUCGAUUUGUUAACUAAUUAAAAUUAAAGAUUAUCGUAUAGAUUUUAGUGCUAGUUAUGUGUUUUUUCCUCUGAUGCAAAUUUUUUUUGUGAACACAUAAAUCUUGAAAAAAGAACGAUGGUGUGGUGUGCUACCACGUUCCUAAUGUUAUUAAUGUUCCUGUGUCAAGUAUCUGUUCAUGAGUUCAAAACUAAUAAUCUUGGAGGAUAUGUAGGAGACAUUGCUGAUAAAGAGUACAUUCAUCAUGUCCACUCGAUGAUCGAUGCAUAUCGAGGUGACGUCGGAGGGAGGCUAGUUAUAGAAACAAAUGCACUCAUUGAUACAAAGUACCGCACAUGGAAACGUAAUGCAGACCUUAUCAAUUCUAUACUAGCGUUACCUAAAGGAAUGAAUGACGCAGGUCGCUGAUAUGACAAGCAUUAACCAAAAAUAUAACGAGUUUUUAAAAUUCCUACAUAAUAAUCGUACAUUUUUAAUUUUGUAUUAAUAGGAUUCAGUAAAUAAAAAUCAUGUGUCAAAACGUAUUAU